AUGAACCACACGUUAUCUUCUCACGGUGCACCCACUCUCAUAGAAACGUUAAUCAGCAGAGAUCUGGAUGAGCAUGUCUUGAAAUUAUUGGAAAAGGCCUUAAGGUAUUAUAGUUCUCUCUGAUAUGAAGGUGUGUUGCCAUGCUCUGUUUGCCGUCUACUCACAUGUGUCUCGAUAACAUGAAUGUCUUGGAAAAUUGCCGGACUAAUUUUACGGGCGUGUGCCAUUGUCUUUCAAAAAAGUGUUUAAUAUGUUGUUUUUUUCAGCUUUUGCCACACCAAAAUGUCGGAUUUCAAAUGGGUAAUUAGGCAUUUGACGCCACUAAGUAUAUUGAUCUAUUACACCAGUGAGGUGAAGGUAGCGUAUAAGCGCCCAAAACAAUCACAUUUCAAAAUUCUAACUCAAACAUGUUUCACAAAGAAAAAGCUGUACUUCCCCUUCAAAAAACGUACACUCCCUGCCUGUCUCAAAUCGCCCUUUGUGAUUGUCCAGUCUUUUUUAUGUUAAAACACAAAAAAAAGGGCGCGAAGCUUUCCCCUGUAUCUCUUAUUUUAUUUUUUUAGUUAAAAUGUGUAGAUAAUAGAAAUUUGUGUAUGAAAUCAUCGUACAUGAGGGCAUUUUAAGUUCAGUCACGUAUUGCUCUUACACCCUGCCAGACUGUGAGUCUGUGGGUGGAAUUCUAAGAGUAAGCCUCGCAGAUGAAAACUAUCGGUCAGAACUUUCCAGGGGUGCUGUUUGUGUUGCAAUAUUUUGCAGAACGAGCAUUGAUAUAUUUUUUCACUUAUUGACGUGAUCGUCAUAAGUCUCAUCAAAGGAACUGCGAGGCUUAGUUUAAGAUAGGAGCACCCGUGUACAGAACACUGAUACCUCAAGUCUAAGAUUUGCAGCACGUGGCUUACAUUGUGAUCGAUGUCAUUAUAACGCUGUUACCUAAGAAAUGAACAGAUUUGGCGAGGCUUAUUAAUUGCUAGGUAUUGUUGGUUAAAUUCCGAGCACAUCCACAUAACAAUGUUUAUUAGAUUGAGAAAGCUUUCGGUCAGAUGUCCAAAACGUGUGCACACAAUAUGACCAAAACUCCACCCUUACCGGUUUUGUGUUCUAAGAUAAAGAGAAGAUGCUAAGCUUGUAAGCGCUUGAAAAUAUCAAUUAUUCACCAUUUGGGAUUCUAGACAUGCAUCUUUUGUUAAGACAAAACAAAAGGCUCUUUUUCACAAAACAUGUUGCGAUAGACAUGGGGAAAUUUCAGCUCGAGGUAAUCGUACAAUUUCUGCGCUCACCCUGCACUCUGGUGCAGUUCACCCUUCACGAACGCUAUAUUGGACCGGUUAGAUCACUGGAGAUAAGGGUUCCAUCACGGAAAUGCCGCUUAAAAACAAAAAUAAGGUGAUUAAUAUAUCGGACUAUGGCCGUUUUUUCAAGUGACAAAGGUUGCCAGAGGCUUUUCUAAGCAUUCUAGUUUCGGUUAAUUUUGUACUUUAAAUAGGUGAUUAUAACACGAUGCUGAAUAGGAGAAGUUGUUGUGGCUUUUGAAAGACGUGUUAAAACAUACAAAAAUCUGUUGGGAAAUUAAUUUUAACACAGGUUUUCUAAACCAAAAUAAAAUGAGUGUAGUAUUUUCGAACUUUAAACAAAGUAAACUCUUCAAUUUACUCAUCUUUCCUUAUUAACUUAAAUAUUCAGCGAAAUGCAAAUUAGAUUUUUGGCCGACUGUCGACAACAACAUGUGGAAAACUUGUGCUGCAAUAGUAGGAAAUAGUUUGAAUUUCAUGCUAAAAAAUAUAAAUUCCAUUUGUUAUGUACUGAAGUUGGAAUUUACCGCUAUGAUUUCUUAGCAAUAAAAAAAAACCCAGUUUUUUUGCGCAUGCGUAUUGAUGUUUAGGAUGUAGCGUUUGGUCGAUUUUUUAACAAAAUGCUGUUACGGUUUUUUUUACGCCGAGUCAUGUUGAAUUUUCUGCAUCCCAAGUGCCGUUUUUGGUGUGAUUUAAAACUUCCGCGGCUAUUAUCGAAAGUCUAACCUUAAGUAGUUUGUGCAAUUUCCUUUGUUUUGUCUGAAAGAAUUUUUUUCUAUUACAAAAAUCCUUUUUAUACAACGUAAUGAAAGUGAAAGCGGCGAAGUUGCUGAAUAUUUUGUUUUGAAACAAAACUCUCCGGGUCGACCUUGGCUACCUCUAUAGUCAAUAGAAAUUAUUGGCGAUAUUGAGGCUUCAAAAAUCUUGUCAACUUAAUUGCUUUGUUAUGACAGUUCCUGAGAAACCUCUCCGACUUCACAACAAACUCACAUCGGCGGCGCGUUUAUGCAAAAGUUUCACUAAUUUGUUUUAGCGUAUUGUUACUUCCUUUUGUAUAAAAAGCGCUUCCAUCGUUAAAAACAACACGUGAACUAGAAAUCUUGCUCAUUUAGAAAAACCACACAGGCGAGACGGAGUCGUCUGAGACUGGAAGCAAGGUAGAGUUUAUUUUGUAACGUUUAAUACUCUGGAUUUAUAUUUUAUAGUUUAUAUCUAAACAUCAUAAACAUGCUAAAGUACAAAUUUUGUUAACUUAUAACUUGACCUAGAAAAAAAACACAAGUGUUGCUACCUAUAGUUUGUGUCCUUCUGAUGGUCGCAUACAUUCAGUUACUUUUAGUAUGUUUAAAUUCAGAAAAUUGUCCCACGAUACCUCGAAUAUAGGAAAUUGAGUAAAAGCUAAAAAACUGUAUCCCCCGGCUUUUAAGAUUUUUCAGAAAUUCAUUGUAAGAUUUUCUUUCUGUUCGAGCAGUUGUGCUAAGUGGAUAUGUAAUUUGUUUUCUUUUAGGACUUUAGAGAUGGAUGAAAUUUUUCCUAACGGUUUUUACAGCGAAGCCCUUUUUAAUGAAGAAUUUGUCGAAGAGAGCUUUCGUCUUGAAAAUGGCUCCUGUUUAGGCUCCCUUGCAGAGCUUCCAUUAAACUCACUUGUUAAAUUCAAAGAUAACGAUCUUCCUGCUUCCACUGACCCAGUACAAUAUCAUCAAAUGACCACUUACUCGUCUUGCACGAGGACAACCGAAAGUCGCCCAUUAUCUGGUUUUCUUCAAAGUGGCAAAACAGAAGGGUCUUUGAACGGAGUAAGUGACAUUUGUUUGGCGGGAAACACCGCUAACGGCACGUGGAACGCAAACGUCACGCACACGGAAGGACGACCGGGACAUGCUCGAGGACAACCUCUGAAAAAGAUACGGCGUCUCCGCGCCAACGACCGCGAACGACGUAGAAUGCGUUCCUUAAACCGAGCCCUAGAAAGCCUCAAGAAAUGUUUGCCUGUACCACAGAGUAAAAGAAGAGUGACAAAGCUUGAGAUUCUCCGAAUUGCUUGUAACUAUAUACGAUCCCUUUCUGACACUCUUAGCGAAGACAGUCAAAGCAGCGAGGGCCAAUCCCGAGGGAAAAAGUCGCGAUCCCGAGGGAUUGUUAGUGAUCCCGUUGUGAACGGUUUCUCUGUCGCCCAGCGAUUAGAGAUUUUGUCUGGAAGCAACUCAAACCGUAUUUAA